AUGGACACGUUAUCACCGUCAAAUCAGUUGGCCAUGAAUUAUGGAGACCAUGUGUUUCAGUUUAUUGAUGAAACGAGUUCUUCAGCAUGUGGAGAAACAGUUCACGAACAUUACACUACUUUUAAAGAUGGAGUUAGAAGAGUUGACUAUGUUUUAGCAUAUGAGACUGACGAGUCAGAUAAUGAAGAAACGAAUGCAAGUGAUAACGAAGAUCUCGCUUUCUAUGGCCCUGCUACCGAACAUGAGCCCAAAAAUGCCAGGCGGAGGAGAAUUUUCGAAGAGAGGUUGAAAAUAAGAGGAUUGGAACUAGAAUACGUGGAUGGCAAGGCUCGUUUUUGUUUGUGUCUUUUAAGUUUUUUAAAAUUCUGUGAAAAAACGAAUUUUGUUUUGGUUCACACUCCUUUUGAUCUUUUGUGUAAAAGAGCUGAAAAACUAGGUGUGGAAAUGCCGGUAAGGACAGACCUUAGGCAGCCGCGCACUAUCGUUGAGUCCCCAUUUGACGCUUUUCUAAAAAAACUGAAGUGGUUUUCUUUUGAAAGUGAAACAGAAAAAUAUCUUGAAACUCCGCGGAAUCAGUAUCAUCCUUUCACAAAGGACGACUUUGAAUGUUUUAUGGGUUCUGAAAAUCCCGAAAGUUUUUUUUCGAGUGCUGAUAGGAUUUAUGUGACUCACGAUCUUUUAAACAGAACUAGGUUUGGAAGCAAAGAUUGUGUUGGCAUUGAUAUUGCACUUAAAAAAGGGAAGGACUGUUCGAGAAGAGAAUAUUUUGGAUCAAAAAUUGCGCUUUAUUUUCUACUAUAUGGUUAUUAUACGAAAUUUCUGAUUCCUUGUGCAGUAAUUGGUUGUCUUUCUUUCAUAUACGGUUUUGCAACUGUUGCUUCAGAUGUCCCAAGCAACAACAUCUGUUCGAAUACUAGUAUUGGGAAUACGCUAAUGUGCCCCAAGUGUGACCACUGGUGUGACUACACACUUCUGAAGUCUAGUUGUGCAUAUUCAAAGGUGGCUUAUAUUUUUGAUAACUACUCUACUCUAGCAUUUGCUAUUUUAAUGAGUAUUGGAGCAACUUUCUUUGUGGAGGGUUGGAAACGGUACAAUGCUGAUGCUGCAUGGAAGCUUGGUUUGCUUGAUACUGGGUCUCACGAAGAAGGGAUGCGUCUUGCAUACCUACUUCAGUCUUUACGUUCUAGUGAUUUCCGCGGCCGUUCUGAUCGGAAUCAAUCUCCGACUGUUAUACCACUCAGUGAACGUUUGCCACGGGUAAUAUUGACAUUUUUUCGCGGUUUGACUUUGAAAGUCCCAGAAUCUAAAAGUAGGAAGUUUGAGCUGAAGCGUAGAAAAAGAAGGAAAGCAAUGAACGCUUCAACUACCAAAGUUCCUCAGUGGGAAUGGGACUACGCUUUGACACCGGUAUACGACCAGUACCUUUUCGCUGAAUAUUUAGAUAUUGUUAUUCAGUUUGGUUUCGUAACCUUGUUUGUCACUGCGUUUCCUUUGGCUCCGUUGUUCGCUUUGAUCAACAGCCUUCUAGAAAUACGAGUAGAUGCUUACAAUUUUGUUGUCGCUAUGCGUCGUCCACUGCCAGAAAGAGCGCAGAAUUUAGGAAUUUGGCUGACUAUCAUUGAUAAAGCUUUUGUAAUCGCUUUUACAAGCGAUUUUAUUCCUCGUCUGGUCUACAAAUACCGUCAUCCCACCUUGGAGGGAUUUGUCAAUAGUACUCUAUCUGUGUUUCAAGUUAAUGAAAAUCUAAAUCUUCCUUCGUGGAGCUACUGGGGGAACGUCACUGAAUGCUGGUUUCGUGACUAUCGUUUACCUCCCUGUUCACUCACUUCAAGUACGGGGGACUGUGAUGACAAUUAUGGUGUCACUAAUAUGUGGUGGAUUGUUCUUGCAUUCAGGCUUGGAUUUGUAAUUAUUUUUGCGCAUGUCAUCCUUGCCAUUAAAGGAUUGGUAUCAUACAUAAUCCCUGAUAUGCCUUCCAGAGUAUUUAUUCAGAUGCAGAGGCAGCGAUCGUUCUCAAUAGGAGGUAAUUCAUUAGGUACUAACGGAGUAGUUUAG